UGCACCAAUGUUUGAUCGCAAAGAUGGCUGCGAGUAUGUUUUCAUCUGGAGAACCUCAGAAGCUUGUCCAAUCAAAAGAGUGCAGGGUGAAAAUUGUAAAGUCCAGGACCCCAAGAGUGGUUAUGAAUACAAUCUCACACCGCUGGCUGGAAAGAACUACGAAGUGAAGGGUUUGGGUUAUGAGUAUCACUUUGCAGUGUGCGGCCCCAUUACAACCUCGGUCUGCCCUCACGACACCAGCAAAACUGUGUCGUCCUGUCAGGUCGACGGCCAAAAACACAGGAUAGCAGGGAUAGCCAAUCAAAACCUCACAUUUGAUGAUGGGAUUAUCAUGAUCAACUACACGAAUGGGGAAACGUGCCACAAGAUCUACGAGAGAUCAACGGCUAUUCUCUUCUCCUGCGACCACAGCAAGAAUCCUGGUAAGCCAGAGUUCAUAAAGGAGACGGCAGACUGCACAUAUCUGUUUGAUUGGCACACAGCUUUGGCCUGCCCUUCCUUCAAAACCAUAACCUGCUCUUACAAUGAUGGUAAUGGCCAUUCCUAUGAUCUAUCCUCUCUGGCCCUGCACAAAUCUAAUUGGAUGAUUGUGCCAGAAAAGGACAAUCAGAAGCAGCGUUACUAUAUCAAUGUGUGCAAGUCUUUGGUGCCUCAGACCGGGCUGUGGAGCUGCCCGUCUAGCGCUGCAGCCUGUCUGAAGGACGGAGACAAGUAUGUGAAUCUGGGGGAGGCAGAGGCAGGACCGCAGUGGGAGAAAAACAUACUGAUUUUGAAAUACACCAAUGGACAAGCCUGUCCUGACCCGAAGAGAAACCGGACCACCAUCAUUCGCUUCAGAUGCGACCCUGACAAAGUGGACUCUGAACCCACUCUGAUCACGGCACUGGAGAACUGUGUGUAUAACUUUGUGUGGUUCACUGCUGCAGCCUGUCCUCUCAACAGCACUGAGCAUGGAGACUGUAAAGUCACAAAUCCAGCUACAGGUCAUCUCUUUGACCUUAACGGCCUCAGUCGAACAGGUGGCUAUACGGUCUAUGAUCCCUUGGACCAUAAGAAGAUGAUCAGACUGAACGUGUGCGGAGAAAUAGCCAACGCUGGUUGUGAAUCUGGAACAGGUGUGUGCAUCAAGAGCAAUUCGAUGGCCAUAAAUGCUGGACGCGCCACAAGGAAGCUGGUCUAUAAGAAUCAGGUGGUGGAGCUCACCUAUGAGGAUGGAGACCCGUGCCCCGCUGACCCUUCCCUCAAACACAAGAGCGUCUUCAGCUUCGUCUGCAAGUCUGAGGGAGGAGGCACGGAUGAGCCCGUGCUGGUGUACUCGGAUGACACCACUUGCGCUCACUUCUUCUUCUGGCACACCCCUCUGGUCUGCGAACAACAGGUGAAGUGCUCCGUUUGGAACGGAACCAACCAGAUUGACCUGAGUCCUCUCAUCCAUCUCACUGGCUACUACACCGCUAUCAAUGAAGAUGUAGACAAGGAUAAGUCUCCUGACUUCUACAUUAACAUCUGCCAGCCCCUCAACCCCAUCCCAGGGGUCAACUGUCCUCCAGGCGCCGCUGUGUGCAUGGACCCUGUUAAUGGAGAACCAAUUGACAUCGGACGAAUCACCUCCCCUCCUCUUUACAACACCAACACCAACGAGGUGGUGAUCACCUUUGCCAGCAGCACCAUAUGCCCUUCUGACCACACCUCCAACUACUCCUCCAAGAUCAUUUUCACCUGCCAGAUAGGGGCAGAAUUGGGUUCUCCUCAGAUGAUCCGGGCACAGGACUGUAUGUAUGUGUUCGAGUGGGCCACUCCUGUGGUUUGCCCGGAGACCGUCUCUGCGCAGGGCUGCCGUCUGAGCGUCUCCGAACUACGUUACAGCUUUGACCUCUCAGCGCUGUCAGGGCCUGUUCAGAUUUCUGGAAGCUCUGGCACCUUUGCAAUCAAUGUGUGUGGGACUGUGACAGACACGAGAUGUAAAGACAGCGCAGUAUGUAUGAUCUCCACUGGCUCAGCGGCUUCAUAUGGGAACAGCAAAGUCAUGAACCUCACCUACAUUAGGGAUAAGCAGGAUGUGAUGAUGCGGUAUAGUGGAGGAGACACCUGUCCUCAAAUUACAGUUAAAGGUGAAUUGUGCGUUUUCCCCUUUAAUUACCUGGGCAAGACUUAUACUGAUUGCACAACUGACGGCCGGACUGACGGAAAGAAGUGGUGUGCAACUACAAGCAACUAUGACAAAGAUCAGAAAUGGGAAGACUGCGCUGAUGUCAGAGGGAAGCAUCAAUCGUCCAUUUUGUUCUCGUGUGACCCAGAGGGGGGCCGUGGCUUACCCAAGCUGAGCAGUGAAACCCAAGGGUGUUCUGCCUCCUUCGAGUGGAAGACGAAUGUUGUGUGCCCACCCAAAAAGAUGGAGUGCAAGCUGGCAGCACAACACCAGACCUACGACCUGCGCACUCUCUCUUCUCUCACAGACCCGUGGAAAUUUAGCCACGGGGGAGAUUCUUACUACUUCAAUCUGUGCCAGGCCGUCCAUGGAGGCCAGUCAGGUUGUGCAGCGGAUGCCGCUGUGUGUCGCAGACGUGCCAGUGGAAAGACAGAGACUCUGGGCCGUGUGCACACGCAGACCAUGAAGUUAAUUGAUGGAAAGAUCUUGGUCAAUUAUUCCAAGGGUGACGAGGUGUGUGGAAACAAAAAACCAGCCAGGACCAUCAUACAGCUGAAGUGUGGCAACACAAUUGGCCAUCCAAAAUUACUGUUUAAAGAGGAUAAAACUGCAUGCGAGUUCUGGGUGGAGUGGGAGACUCGAUCUGCAUGUGCUGUACGGCAGGAGGAAGUCAAGAUGGUCAAUGGAACCAUCACAAUCCCAGAGACAGGAGCCAUGUUCAGCCUGGGGGCGCUUUAUUACCGUUUCCACAACGCCACAGGAGACAUACGUUCCAAUGGAGAUCGCUAUAUCUACCACAUCCAGCUAUCUGGCAUCACCGACAGCUCCAUUUCCAAUUGCCUGGGGGCCAAUAUUUGUCAGGUCAAGAUUAAAAGCAGUUACCACCGACAAAUUGGCUCUUCCAGCAAAGCCAGUUAUUAUAUCGAAGGUGGAAACCUCGAAGUCUUGGUAGUGUCUGAUUCUAAAUGUGGGCGAGACAAAACCAAAAACGUGUCCUCGGCCAUCCUGUUCCACUGCAGCCCUACAGCAGGAGAGGGUUUCCCAGAAUUCUUGCUGGAAUCGGAUGGUUGCCAGUAUCUGUUUGUUUGGCACACCUCCACCGUUUGUACAUUUUUCUCCAUGGACCCGCACAGCACUGAUGGAGGGGAGGAGCAUGCCGGAUUGUCUGGGCGGAGUCAGGCUUUAGGGGCGGUGCUUAGCCUGCUGUUGGUUGUGCUCACAAUCUGUUUGCUUGUUCUCUUGCUGCACAAACGAGAACGGAGGCAACUUGUAAUGCAGAAAGUGUCAAGCUGCUUCAAGAAAGGAAAUCCAGUGUCGUACAAAUACUCCAGGAUAAACACCGAUGAGGAUGGAUGUGAAGAUGAGAUGGAGUGGUUGAUGGAGGAGAACGGGACGCCCACGCGGGAGCCUCAAGAGAACGGUCACAUCACCACCAAACCCGUCAGCGCAGACGCCCUGCGUUCCUUCUCCCUGGACGAACAGGACAGCGAGGACGAGGUGCUCACGGUCCCAGGGGUCCGAAUGGCCCCUUCAUCGUCCUCUUCCUCGCGGCUGCAGUCGGCUUUGCUGAAAGCAGAGAGCGAUGAGGAUCUGGUUGGGCUCCUGGUGGACACACGGAGCAGAAAUCAGACCAGAUACAGCGAUAGAAACCAGAGGAAAGCCCAGCCAGACCCUGAUGACAGCGACGAGGACCUACUUAAAGUCUAAGCGCGUCGGGCGGCCGAACUGAACUUUUGAAUGUCUCUGCCACCACGCUUUAAAUGUUCAGUUGCUCCAUUUUUGGUUUUCUAAAGGGAAAUCUUUACGAGACCGCUUUCAGGAGCAAGUUAGUCGUUUCGUCCACUAAAUAGACUUGAUGCCUUCCUGACAAAAUGUUUUUUUUUUGUCAUUUGAUCGUUCGUUUCCCAUUGAUUAAGAUGAAUUGUGUACAGCGUCUUAUGUAAUUUCCCACGAACUUACAGAAAUGGACUAUAUCGAUUAUUUUUAUUGUUAUUUAAAGAUUUUGGGGUACUAUCUUUUUGUUAACACACCGCCUCGCUGGAAAAAUACACUGUUUUCUGAAAUGAUUUGGAUUGAUUGUGGCAGAUACAGUCAAAGACAUUUUCUAAACUACAAUCUGAAGCAGUAUUUCGCAUAUCUUGAGUCAUGUAGCACCGAAAGGAGAUUGAUUCGCUUUGCCAAGUUUAUAUUUCAAUCACAACGCUUAUAUCACGUUCCGCAUCAGCGUUUAUCCAACCAUUACAUCCAUUCGUCAUUGAGCGUUUUGUGCGAAGCUUUUGUUCUGCCAAAAAAAGCAUGUUCUACUUAUCCUACUAGAACACAGAGCGUUUACAGAGGUUUAGUGCCACGAAGGAAUGACAGUGCAUGUAAGACUGCAGCAGGAAUUGUAAUUUCUCAUCGCGAUCAGAAGUGCAUCACAGUGUGCUGUUUAUUGGUAAAUUGAUGUCAUUAUUAUAUUUGCGUAACUCUUAACAAUGAGGUUGAAUUCAUUAACAUUAUUAUAUAUAUAGUAGAUAUCAUGAACUUGGUAAUGUUAAAAAAAAUGGGAGUGGGAGGAAAUAUUAUAUUCAAUACUUUUGCGUUCGCCAGAGAAAGUUUGUGUUCACUCACAAAACUUGUGAUGAAAGUGAUGGGGUGGCGGAAAAACUUUAUUUAAUAUUUCUGUGCUUCUGCAAGCAAGCCCAAAGUUUCUCAGGGGUGCGUAAUAUUUGUGUACGCGAUUUAUUUAUGAGUAUACCGUUACUUGUCAUUCAUGAAACAUUAACCAACGUUAAUUUAUAUAACUUAAUUUAUUACAAAUGUAUUAGUAUUUGUGGAAAUUAACGUUUAACUAGAUUAAACGUCAUGUUCAUUGUUAGUUCGUGAUAUCACUAAUUAAUGUUAACAAAUUCAACUUCAUUGUAAAAGUGUUUUUUUCCCCUUUCUUUUAAACUCCGCUUUGCACAGAAAUAAUCCGUGCCUAUGAAAGAAGUCGCAUGUACAGCAAGCAGCAGAAAGCACUUUUCCCGUUAGCAUGAACAGUUGUGUUGCUAGUCACGUUAAUCGAAUACAACACCUGCUGAUUUUAUGCGUUUUAUUUGCUGAAUGUGUUGUUUAUCAGUUUCAGCUCACCUUUAAUGUCCUGCUGACUAACUGGGUUUUAAGAAAGAUGCAUACAUCUGCAUAAGUUGUUGCAUUCUGCUGUCCGGAAAUGAUUUACCAAAACGUUCUUCUCACAUGGCAAUGAAACAGUAUUGUUCACUCUGGCUCUAAAAGUUUGUCUCAUAUGCUUGUAUUACCCAUCCAUCAGUGUAUUUCUCACAAAUAUGGUUGCCAUAUAAAGCCACAGCAGUUCUGUAUGUCUUUCGUAACUCAUUGUUCCUGAGAUGGUACAUCAAACUGAGGUGAAGCACGACUGGUUGUCUCUUUAAGUACUUUGCACUUUGAUAGACAUUUUGUUCUGUCCUUUAGGGCAGAAGGUGGACGGUACACUCGAUAGCUAUUGGUCGUCACGGGUUCCCCCUCUCCCUACUAAAAACAUGUCUGCUACUGCUGUAUGGGAGACCGUAUGGUUUAGUUCUCUGAAAAACUUCGAGUCCUGGGAUCAUCUUUUUUCUGUUAGAUGCUUUAGCUGUUCUCAGACUGUAUUUGUCAUGUUAUACAGCAUCUUGUUUUUGGAUUUAAAUAGUUUAUGCUGAGAUAUGAUGGCAUUAUUUCAAUAAAACUUAUCAGCUGCUCUGCAUGCAUUCUUACCAGGA